CAGCUCCCAAGUGAAGAACAGUUCGCUCAUCGCAUUUUCGCCACGGAACGGUUCGAGAUAGGAAAGCCAGAGGCAGUAACUGAAAUCGCUGAACACCAAUUAAUGGACGGACGCCAAGAGGCAACUUUCAAUUGAGUUUCGUGUCGCAGUCGUUGUUGCUGCCACAUAUUGCUUUUGAUAUAUUUUGCGGCGGUGUUUGUGUCUGUGUGACUCUGCAAUAUGGCCAAGUGUUUUGUGCUGAAAAAUGUUAACCAAGCUUAGGCCGAGCGCUCUCUAAUCCCUUCUGUUGUGAUUGUGGCUUAAAAAGAAAAAUAUAAAAAGAGAAAUAUCAAAGAAGAAAAGCAGAGUUCCCAUAACCACAGUCCCUCGAUAAUUGGGAGAAGAUGAGUGGUUUGGGUCCGGCAGCCUGUUGGCUGGCCCACAAGCGCAUCGAAUCCUGGUCGCGAAUGGCCAAGGAGCGAGUGGGAGCGGUGCGUCGCGUUACUCUCGAUCGGAAUUCGGCGGAUGAGGGGACACCGAGUGGGAGUGGUGCCUCCUCCACUGCCGGUGGCAAUGGGGUUUCGGUGGUGCACAUUCUGCCGAUUGGAGAGGGCUCCACCACCCCACCGCCGCAACCCAUGACACCGCCGCCGUCGGCCUCGUCGGUCACAUCGACCACCAGCGGAAUUGGCAGCGUUUCAGCCGGUAGUGUCAGCGAUAGCUGUGAUUUGCCCACGGACUCGGAGGAGGUGGCCAUUGCCAAGGAAUGCCAACCCAUCCAGCCGGCCAGUCAGCUGCAUGGUAUGCACGGCGGCAUGGGCCUAAACCAUCACCACAUGGGCACAGUUUCGGCCACCGGAACAGACAUCUUGCGCGGACCCGCCGAAGUGUUCCACAGUCCGCUUCACUUGCACCACCAGAGCCGAUCCUUUCCGCCGCGCCUCCAGCGCACGCCGUCCAUCUCCAGCCAGAGCAGCGUGGACAGCGCCCCAUCCAGGCAUUCGGGUCAUCGAGGCUCUUCGCCACAGAUAAGGACUUUUGGACCGGACGGACGAAGCUCGCUGCCAAGUGAGCCUGGAUUUCCGCACCAUUUGGCCAGGUCACCCAGUCCCAUGCGAACCAUUUCUUUGGAUGCUCGCUGUGGAAGUCCCGCCCACUCGGCGGAUCCUGGCGAUCUGAGGACGCCCAGUCCCUCGCAAAGCAGCUUGGCAUCUUUGGCCGGAGGUUCGGGAAUGGGAGGCGGCAGUGCGGGAAAGGGCGUGGCUGGAGGUCGCUGCCUUUCGCCGCUGCUGAUACCGCCCAGAUCGCAGCCCGGAGUGGAUCCCGCAAUGGGACCCGCUUCGCCACUGGGUGCCCUUCAACCGGAUCUCUAUCGAAUGCCGGACGGACCCGUUUACCUGACAGCUCCGGAAUCCAGUCACGCCGUGGGUCGUUUACAUCUGCGCGUUAAGUACGACUACCACCUGUUCGAUCUGACGGUUCAUCUGAUUGAAGCUCACAAUCUCAGUCCCAUCGAAGAGGGUGGAUUCCGGGAUCCCUAUGUCCGCCUGAUGUUGCAACCAGAAGUGGACAGCCGGAAGCGACAGACCCACAUUCACAGGGGCGAAUCCAAUCCCUACUUUGACCAGCACUUCAAGUUCCCGGUUUCUCGGGAUCAGCUCCAGGGCAAGGAGCUGAUCCUCCAAGUGCUCGACUACGAUCGCUAUUCGCACAACGACAUUAUCGGCGAGGUUCGCAUCUCUGUGGAUGGUCUUGAUCUCUCCAAGUCAGUGGAGAUCUGGGGAGACUUGCUGCGCACCAAGAAACCCAAGGAGGAUCGACCGGAACUGCUGUGCUCCUUGAACUAUUUGCCGCAGGCCGAGCGAUUGACGGUUGUCAUUAUGAAGGCUAGAAAUUUGGAUACUCUUCAGGAACCAUAUGUCAAGAUUUAUCUGAUUCAAAAUGGCAAACGCAUCAAGAAGAAGAAGACGAGCAUUACGAAGUCGGACGAUCCCACCAAUCCCAUUUGGAAUGAGGCGUUCACGUUUAAUUUGCAAUCAAAUUAUCUCCACAAUGCAGCCAUCGAGAUCUAUGUGGUGGGUGCCGGGAGCGAGGCCACGGAAAUCGGAUGCUGCGGACUGGGGCCCCAGGAAAGUGGAACUGGAUGCCAGCACUGGCACGAUAUGAUUAACAAUGCCCGAAAGCCUACGGCUAUGUGGCACUAUAUCCGCUAGGGCCGUGCAUAAUGAAUGCUGGAUUAUGAAUUAUGAUUUUUCCAAAAAAAAAAACAAAAAAAAAUUUAAUUGCUCCCCUCAUUGCGUCUAUAUAGGUGUACUACUAAUGUAACCGUGUCUGUGUAAAUUUUCCAAUUGCAUUUUUGGGCGCUACGCCGCCCCCCCCCAAAGCUUAUAAUGUUCUACGAAAUCAAAAUCUCAUCUAUAUAUACCUAUAUAUAUACAUGUAUGUAUAUGAAUGUACAAUAUAUAUAUAUGCAGCUAACUAGCCCUCCAAGAAGCUCAAUCAAAAGUUCCUAAGCAACGACAGAAUCUUCGAAAAAAAAGAAUGCCCACGAAUUAUGAGUAUUUGUGGGUAAUUGGUUGAACGGUUUGAUUUUUGUUCUUGUUGUGCAUUUUGUGCAACCUCUUGGGAAAAUAGCACACACACAAAAACCAGAAGAGAACCGGGUACGGAUACAAUAGGAAAUCGGUAAUCGCACAUCCAAAACUGUCAGCCAGACUUGUUGACAUUUCCAUCGACUUCAGCAGACACUUGAGGAGCCUGCCGCCUCCUUUUUCAUCCUUCUCCGCUCAAGGAAGGCAUUCAAGUGUGCAUUUCUUAAAUAAUUAUGAAUACACCGCACCGGGAAUAAUAAUAAUAAUAAUAAUUCGUAUAUAGGUGAAUGGUCGUCAAUCAUGCAGGAAGCCAAAACUCGAGGCAGGACUCGCCCUUUUGUGCCGGCGACAGUUGACAAAUUGCCAUCGUCGUCCUGUUGUCCUUUUGCCAUUCGAUCCUGUAUGCGUUUGUCGUUUCGUCGUCGACUGUUUGACAGCUUAGCCCGCAGGAUAAAAAAAAGCGACGAGAGCGAGAAGUGUAGAGAACUUAUGCUAAU